AUGGACUACUACAGCUCGCUUAAUGCGGCGACUUUGGACCCGGAUAUCCCCACAGUAUUCGAGAUCCUGAGUGCAAAGCAGCUGCAAGAUCUUAUUUAUCCCAGUAUUCGGCACAUUAUUGUUCAUUAUGCCGAAUGCAACCCGGCCUACCUCCUGCGCAUUGCCAACAGGUUUGACGAGAUCUAUUUGGUAGCCAUGGGUCUUGUGGAGCAUUACCACCUCAAGCACUGGAAUGCUACGUUUACGGAAAAGUUCUAUGGUCUCAAGCGCACGAAUAUUCUUGGAUAUUCUGCGCUCAAUAGCCGCAAAGCCACGCCGAAUAUUGUGGAAAAGGAACGGCGGCUCACUGCGAAACAGCGCUGGCUGUGUCUAUUUUUUGUGGUAGUGGUUCCGUAUUUGCGAGAGAAAUGUGAGGCACGGUACGACAUUUUGAAAGGAAAGUACAGUUUCAAAUCGAUUGAGGAAGACAGGCCGGCGGAUGACGCUCCUUUACGGGCCAAAAUACGAUAUCACUACGACUAUCUCUUACACAAGUGGUAUCCGCGCUACUGCAUGGUAGAGUCAACAUCUACUAUUCUGUUUUUGCUGGGCUACCUAUUCCAUCGAACAAAGGCUACAUCGCUAGUGGACUAUUUGGUGAAUUUCCAGUACUCCCGCCUUUCUUCGUUCGACCAUCAACUGAACUCACUGGAUGCCGAGGUCAAGGACUGGAGGGAGUAUUUGACGACGCAGUAUCUCUCAGGGCUCGUCCUUUCAACUUUCAGCUAUGCUCUUCCUUCUGCGUUGUUCUUUGUCAAAUUUUUCGAAUGGUGGAAUUCAAGUAAUUUUGCGAGCAAAUUGAACCAGCUCGGCCCUAAACUUGACCCCCCAUCUACAGGCAUACCACCACUGGGCUUGAAAGGAUGCCCCAUUUGCAAAAGAGCAGAAAUUGAGAACCCUGCAGUGCUCGAGACAGGUGUUAUCUACUGUUACAAGUGCAUUUUCAACCACCUGCAGUCUGGUGACAGAUCCAAAAAGCCUGUUUGUCCAGCAACCAAUAAACGCCUUCUGCUAACGACAUGGAACGACGAACAAGAAAACUGGCUCAUUGGGGGAUUAAGACGAUUGAUGAUAUAG